AUAUAAUAGCAUGGAUUUGCACCCUCGUUGCUAGUUACUGCAAGGAAGAUUUGCUCUGGGUGAAGUAAGUAGGGACUUGUUUUUUUAGUCACCAAUUUGUGUUUCUGAACUUAGCUAAUCUUUACCCCCUCUGUAGGCUUUGCAAUGAAAUGAUUUCUGAUACUUACUUCAUCGUUUUCGUAUGUAGCAAUGGUGCUUCGUGAAGAAAACUUAAAACGAAUUUGCACUAGUUGAUGCUGACUAGGAAGGCAGCAGGGAAUGAAUUUUUAUCAACAAUGCUCUUUCUUGUUUUGAGUUAAAAGGUUAUUGAUAAAAUCGUCCGUGUCAUCGAAAAGUGCUACCAAGAAUGCUACCCAUAAGGGCUUCUGAAACUUCCUUCCUAAUAAUGUUCCCAGUGUUUUCUUUUUAAGUUUUUAACUUGUUUCAUAACAAAAUAAUUACUUUUUACAGAUAAAUUAGUUUUUAUUGUUUUCAUAAGAUUGAAUUUCUGACAGAUUUAGCUUAUAUAAGGUAUUUGCGGGCGACAAGAGGAGCCCACAAUCCUUAUCUCCAGGUUGUUAUUACGCGUGCAUUGCAUGUAUGUUGCCAGCAUUAGUUUGGACUUCCACUAAGAAUGACCGGAAUUUGAUCACGCACGUCUCGACCUUGUACCCCUCGUAAUCUGAUCAUGCGUGAAGCUUACGCAAAGCACAGUGAUGGAGCAAAAGCAUUUGGAUCUUCGAUUGUUGUUGCCCGCACUUCCUUACCAUUGGUUUUUACUCAGCGUUUUUACUAGUAUAUGUUUCCUAGAUUAGCACAAAAACAAAAUACCUAAUUAUUAUUAUCAUUAUUAUUACUACAUAUUAUAAUCAAUUAUUGAUUAUAAUAUGUAAUAAUGCACUCGAACCUCCAUGUGCGACCACCUCCAAUAAGCGACCAGGUAUCUAAAACACCAAAAUUUUCCCAGUCAAAUCCCUACAAACCGAACCUCUCGUAAACUACCACCUCUCAUGAGCCACCACGACCACACAUUUUCCAUUGUUUUUAUUCUCUUGCAGGUGUCCACUAGAUGCAUUCUGUGGACUCUGUUUGCUGUAUGUGCUAUGCCGCUCAGAGUAUUGCAAGAACUUGUUGUGAAAACAUGGAACCAUUCUUAUGCAUAACUUAAAAAUUACAUGUAAUAAAUUCUCUCCCAAAGAGAUGUGUCAGGACCUCUUCUCGGAAAAGACACCCUGUUUUUCAAUUCUCAUGAGCGACCACCUCCUGUAAGCGACUACUUAAUCUUUGCAUUUUGGGUGGUCGCUUAUGGGAGGUUGACUGUAUAUAAAAAAUUUAGCAAAGUGAGGUUGAAGAAAACAGAAUUUUGAUUAAGAGUAUUUUCCUUUUUCUUAGGAUGGAAGUGUUGAAUUGAUUUCCACAAUACUGCCUUUAUGCACACUAUGUCUGCAGACAUGAAACAGAUUCCACUUGGACCUCCACCAUCAUAUGACACACCACCACUUGAUCUUGGGGACGGAAAGAAACAAAGCAAUGUUGGCCUAUUCAGUUUGUUGAUGGAAGACCCUCCACCAUACAAGGAGAACAAUUCCCCCACAGAAUCUUUCAGUAGUUUUCAAUUCCUCCCUCCACUUGCUCUGCGUCCAUGGAAGAGGUUCUUCAGUAUGUGCCUCAGCGGCCGCUGUAGUUCCUCAGCUGAAAAUUUUGGCCACAACUUGGUGUAUUAUCAAGUCAACUAUGCAUGGCUAAUGUUGCUCCUUGUUAUGGUAGCUCUUGUGGUGUAAGUGAAUAUGGGUAUAUUUUUACACUAUCUUUAGGUAUAUAUAGUGAUGAUGAGGAUAAUAAAAUUAAUCACCCGAUCUAGUAUGUGAACCAGUAAUGAGCAAUAUACAGCGAUGCAAUUAGAGCUAACAUUAGUUAACAUUUACAGGAUUAAUUCUGAUGAUUUCAACUUUUGUAUUCUGUGGACAAGCAUCACUGUGCUUCUGAUUUAUGGAUUAAAUGUCAGUGGAUUUGUAUUUAAGUUGUUUGGUAAGUUUUGAAGAUUACUUCUCAACACUUAUGGGAUAUAUGCAUUAACAGCGUGCAAAGAAAGUAGUGUCUGAUAGCCCGGGGCUAGUGGAUUUUGGUAUCAGGCUAGUGAAUUCUGUUCUUAACUUGCCCGAUGGGCAAGUGAAGUAUUUUGAGGAAUGCGACUUACGGAAGAACUGUCAAAUCAAAGAAUUUGGGGAGCUUGUUGAAGUGACGUUUGAGCUAGUAAAUGCUAGCUUCAGCUGGCCUGAAUGGCAAGCUGUAAAAAUGACUUUCUUUCCACCCUGAUAUGUUAAAGGUCAACAUUAAACUCAGGUUAUUCUACUUUGACUUCUGUUUUGAAUGUUAUUGGUCACCUUUUCUUAACUAACACUAUCCCACACAGAGUCUGAACUCUACCGUUGUCUCCUAGGUCGGAGGCUGUCCCUUUCAGAACAGUUAACAGCUUUUAUCAUGCUUGAACUGCCAUUUUAUGGCCUCCUUCCUGGUGCUGUCCCUUUUAUUUAUUUUAUCGGUAAGUUACAUCCUUUAAUCAUUAUGCGUACAUGUCAGUAGAUUCAAAUCUUUCAAUUAAAAUAUUUUAAAAUGUAUAUACAGUCAGUGUUUACUGUAUGUACAGUUGGCAUUGAGUUUUAAUUGGGGUGCAGAUGGGAUAGAAGUAGGUGCAGUAACCACCACAACAGGGCUGUGUUCUGGAAGCACACAGUUUCCCUGGCCUUGGGUGACUAAGAGAUCUUACUGGGUCUGCAUAAAUCUCAUACCGUAACUUCCACUUAAAUAUUGCUUAUUAGCACUGGGCUUAUACAACUUCAUAAGGGGUUUUAGGAGGGAUUAUAAAUGGGGUGGGGGGGGAGGGUUUAUUUCAAAACAAGCUUCCUAGUAGUGCUGAUCAAAAUAUUUUUUGAAUUCACUUGCUUUUUUAAGCUUUAAAAUGUGAUAAAUAUUGAUUCCUUUCAAUUCAAGAAAGGGCCCAUAACUUGGGGGACUUGUUAUGUAGAAGGAUUUGAUACGAGUAGAACUGAGAACACAACACUUUAAUCACUACGAGACAGACUAAUCUUUUCUGGUACAGAAGCUAUGCAUGUGUUAUUCCUCGGAGCGGUUCAGACAGGUUGCUAGUAUUAUCUACUUCAUAUAUGACAGCAUAAACUGUCCCACUACAGUUAGUGAGGGGGGGGCAGCUUAUAAGCAGAAGUUUCAGUAUGCUAGGUACCUUAGAUUUGUUUACAUGUAUUGUAUCAAGUUCAGAGCAUUGGGCUUGCUACAGUAAUGUUCUAUGAUUAAUAUUUUUUGCUGUUAAAGGUGUGAUCUAGUAUAUAACCAUAGCAAUGUUGUCUUUUUAUAUGUGAAGAAAACAUGUUAUUUUCAUCCUUAAAGAUAGCUUUUUCUUUUUCGCAGAAAAGCUCGCUCCUGAUAUUUUGCAUGUGUUUAUGUUGAGAUUCAAUUUUAUCAUGAUUUGAAUUUUAUUUUCCUUUGUUUCAAACACAUUAUCAAACACUACCAUACCCAAAAACAAGGAAAAUGAAAUUUAAACCAAGGAUAAAAUUAAACCACAGCCUAAACUACUCUUUGCAAUCCUUACAGAUAAGAUUGGUCUAUAGUGGUAAUCUGAGUCUUGUAACUUUAAAAAAAAAUGUAAAUAAUAUUUCUUUUGAGUCCUGUCAUUUUCUAUUUUCAGUUGGCUUUACUGGUUUUGUCACAUUCCAUGCUAGCUUUACGCGAGCUUACAAACCAUCUUUAUUUGGAAUCAGUAAAAUUCACCACAUUUGACCAGGUGAAAAUCGUGCAUGGAGACGAUCUUCUGCUUUUGCUCCGUAUCAAAGCAAGGCCACAAGAUCUUGUUAUUUUGAGGGAAAUAUUCAUAACUUAAUAUGGCAAUAAUACACCUAAUAUACCUCCUAAUAUGUGCAACACUCAAUACGAUACAUUAUUGUCCCUUUAAUUGUCACAAGUAAUAUUAAUUUUAUAAAAUGACAUGAUGGAUAUGAAACGUGAAUAUAAUUUUGGGGUUAAUAAUUAUUAUUGUGAGUGUUUUGAGUGUUUGUUGGAAUAAUAAAAUGUACGUACAGAAAGAUGCAUUUUAUUUUUGGCUCAGUUAUUUCAGUCAAUUUGUCAUGUGCAACUGGGUUGUUAAAUAAAUAGUAUUAUAAAUCAUAAAAUGACAAAAUAUAUUAGUAAAGGUAUUUUGCAAACUUAGUUUGUAGCCUUUCUAAGGAAGAGGUGUGGAGAAAAAAAAAGAUAACAUUAUUUUAAUGUUUUAAAACAAGGUGUUUGAUUGUUUAAGUGGCUUUGAAUGUUGAUGCCCACUGUAUGGAAACCUGUGUUUCAAACAUUCUUCUGAAAGCUUAGCGCACAAGCUAGGGGUAAAGCUGCAGGGGUACUCUUGGACUUGUAGGGUGACUGC